AUGUCCAGUGAGGUGCAGCCCAGCUCGAGGCCAGAAGACAGUCCCAACACAAGUGGAGGCAGCUGGGACGUGGAGCAGAGAGAGGUGGCCCCUCCGGGUCAGGAGCGAGUUCAGACAACGCCCAAGAAGAAAGAGGCCAAGAUAUCCAGCAAGACCGCUGCCAAGCUCUCCACCAGCGCCAAGAGGAUUCAGAAGGAGCUGGCUGAGAUAACCUUGGACCCGCCACCUAACUGCAGUGCGGGUCCAAAAGGAGACAACAUCUAUGAGUGGAGAUCCACCAUCCUGGGACCACCAGGCUCUGUAUACGAGGGAGGAGUCUUCUUCCUAGAUAUCGCCUUCACACCAGACUACCCCUUCAAACCACCCAAGGUGACGUUCCGUACCAGGAUCUACCACUGUAACAUCAACAGUCAGGGUGUGAUCUGUCUGGACAUCCUGAAGGACAACUGGAGCCCCGCCCUCACCAUCUCCAAGGUGCUGCUGUCCAUCUGCUCCCUGCUCACUGACUGCAACCCUGCUGACCCUCUGGUAGGAAGCAUCGCCACCCAGUACACGACCAACAGACCAGAGCACGACAGGAUAGCCAAACAGUGGACCAAGAGAUACGCCACAUAGACGGACAUCAAGGAGCUCCACCACCCUUCUCUGACCCACCUCCGCCCCCCAAAAUCUGUUGAGCACACCCAUCCCUCGCCCCUCUGCUCCUAGACUGGUCCCAAAUCUGUUUGUGCUGUAUAGCCAACUCCUGUGGUCAUUGCAUGCCAAACAAUGAAUUAUUAAUGGCAUGUUUGGCAUGACAAUGACAUUUACAUUUUAGUCAUUUAGUAGACACCCUUAUCCAGAGCGACUUAGUUAGACCAUAGUAGUUGGCUAUACAGCACAAACAGAUUUGGGACAAAGCUACUUGCCCCUCUCUCUGAGCCCCAAAUGUGUGGAAGCACCUGACCUGAUCCCCCCCUCCUCAUCACAGGCGGCUGGUGGCACCUUUAUUGGGGAGGACGGGCUCAUAGUAAUGACUGGAACGAGUAAAUAGAAAUGUAUCAAAUGCAUCAAACCCAUGGGUUCCAUGUGUGUUAAUGCCAUUCCAUUUACACCAUUCCAGAUAUUAUUAUAAGCCGUCCUCCCCUCACCAGCCUCCUGUGCUCACACCUUCAGUCGUCGUCGUCGUCCUCCCCCCACUACCCCUCCUCUGAGAACAUGAACUUGAUCGCUUCUUUUUUUAUAUACAAAGAGUAUAUUGGAUUUUUUCCCCCAAUACACUGAAUGUUGAUAUGGUCACGAAAAGCUUUAAUACUGUUAUUCUUGUUGUUGUUAUUGUUUGUUGUUGUUAUUAUUAGUACAUUGUUUAUUGCAUUAUCAUCCUAGGCCCUUUUUAUGUGAUUGAUGAAAAAUGCAUUCUAUUCUAGAGCAUUCUAGAUACAUGCUAUUGAUACAGUCCAUACUGAGCUUUUUUGUUUAAGAGUUCAUCUUCAGUUAGGGCCUGUCUGCAGAAUUUGUGUUUACAGAUGCAGAGUGGACCCUUUUCUAUGAUUUAAUCACUUGUUGUUAUUAUUUUUCUGCCCCCAGAAGUUAUUGCCAUGACAGUAAGUCUGUCUGGAUCUGUGUGUAGCUGGUCUUGCUGCUCACCUCCUGUGGUACUAGUCAGCUGGCAGUUGUUUGCUGUACAUUUGCCUUGUGAGAAUACAUACUUAUUGAAUACUCAAUUAAACACUGGUUGUAAUGUUAA